GUUAAUCAAAUUCUUAAUGGAACUUUACCAAAUCAAAGACCAAACGGACACACAAUCGCAUCGCAUGUCAUUUUUUCUUUUACUUUGACCAAAUCAAAACUCUACGAUCCUUGAUUUGAUUCCACCUUUGCCACCUACGCGUUAAAGAACCCGGUUUUCAUACCUCAAAAAGGCCAAAAAACCCAUCAAACCAUAACAUAUUUUCCAAAAAAACCACCCAGAAAGUUGAAAAGAUUAGAACAGAAUUACUUAAAGAGGAUGGAGAGGGAAAGGAAAUGAUUAGAUUGUAGAAAAAAGAUGAAACCCAAGAACAAAAAAGAGAGCUUUUUGGAAUUGGUUGGAUAAAUACUUAAUUUGCGACAAAUUUUAAGCCAUAAAAGUUCGCAUUUUUAUAGUACAGAGAGGAAAAAAAGUACUACUAAAGCUGAACCGAAACACACAGGAUUCACGACGAUCAGCAAUGUACGGAAUCUGAUAACAAGCCCUUGAUUCUCCGUUGUUAGAUCUUUUGACCUGGGAAAUGGGAGCUCGUUGUUCUAAAUUCUCUAUCUGCUGGUUUCAGUCUAACCUUAAAGCUUCCGUCCUCGAAUCCUCCGAACUCGAAAAUGGGGGCAAAGGUGAGAAGAACACAUGGCCGAGUUUCACUGUGUUUAGCUUGGAGCAAUUGAAAGCAGCCACGUGUGGGUUCUCUUCCGAUAACAUAGUGUCGGAACACGGUGAAAAAGCUCCUAACGUGGUUUUCAAAGGGAAGCUCGAUAAUGACCGUUGGAUUGCCGUUAAGCGGUUUAACAAGUUCGCCUGGCCCGAUUCUCGCCAAUUCCUCGAGGAAGCAAGAGCAGUUGGGAGUCUAAGGAGUGAGCGGUUGGCAAAUCUGAUUGGUUGCUGUUGUGAAGGCGAGGAGAGAUUGUUGGUCGCCGAGUUUAUGCCCAAUGAAACGCUGGCUAAGCAUCUUUUUCACUGGGAAAAUCAGCCAAUGAAAUGGGCAAUGAGGCUGAGGGUGGCACUGUACUUGGCGCAAGGUUUGGAGUAUUGCAGCAGUAAGGGAAGAGCUUUAUACCACGAUCUCAAUGCUUACAGGAUUUUGUUUGAUAAUGAUGGUAAUCCCAGGCUGUCUUGCUUUGGGCUCAUGAAGAAUAGCAGAGAUGGCAAGAGUUAUAGCACAAACUUAGCUUUCACACCUCCUGAAUACCUAAGAACAGGUAGAGUGACGCCAGAAAGUGUUGUGUAUAGCUUUGGAACCUUGCUGCUAGAUCUUAUGAGUGGCAAACAUAUUCCUCCCAGCCAUGCACUUGACUUGAUUCGUGGCAAGAAUUUUCUCAUGUUGAUGGAUUCUGCUUUGGAGGGCCAUUUCUCUAAUGAUGAUGGAACAGAGUUAGUGCGGUUAGCUUCUCGCUGUUUGCAGUAUGAAGCUCGCGAGAGGCCAAAUGCGAAGUCCCUUGUUAUAUCUCUCAUGGCACUUCAGAAGGAAGCAGAGGUACCAUCAUAUGUUUUGAUGGGUAUUCCACAAGGAACUGCUACAUCAAAACAGCCAUUGUCGUUGACACCUUUUGGGGAGGCUUGCUUGAGGAUGGAUCUGACUGCUAUACAUGAAAUAUUGGAGAAGAUGGGAUACAAAGAUGAUGAGGGUAUCGCUAAUGAGCUUUCUUUUCAAAUGUGGACCAGCCAAAUGCAGGAAACGUUGAAUUCUAAGAAGCAUGGAGAUACUGCUUUUCGAGCUAAGGAUUUUGCCAGUGCAAUUGAUUGCUACACACAGUUCAUUGAUGGCGGGACCAUGGUGUCGCCAACCGUCUACGCCAGACGCUGCUUGUCUUACUUGAUGAAUGAUAGGCCACAAGAGGCCCUUGGGGAUGCUAUGCAAGCGCUGGAGGUGUCUCCUGAGUGGCCUACUGCUUUGUAUCUACAAGCGGCUUGCCUGUUUAGCCUAGGGAUGGAAAGUGACGGCCAAGAAAUGCUCAAAGAUGGGACCAACUUCGAAGCCGAAAGGAACAAAAACUGAAAAUUGUAAAUGUUUUUAAAAUUGUUUUAUUUUUUUCCCAUAGUUUUCUUUAGGCUCUUACAUUUUUUCCUUAUUUUCCAUCUGUUUUAGCAUUCUGGGUUUUCGCUGCAUUGCAGAAUUCAUCAAUAUUUAUUGUUGGUUUUGAUAUUUCACGUUUGUUCAAUCUUCUAGUGAGGUGUGUUAGAGGCUUUGAACUAUCAUAUAGAAGAAUGUCUUAAAUUUAAUACAUAGUUGUUAAUUUUGUUUUGGUAUUGA